GUGACUACACCACGGAUCCUGCCAACAAACACGUCUACCAUAGCGCACCAGCGAAUAGCCUGGCGUCUCGGCCCAAGGACCUAAAAGGUUUCCGAACACCAGGUGACUACAUCACAGAUCCUGCCAACAAACACAUCUACUAUACUGCACCCACGAGUCUCAUGAUGUUCCGGCCCAAGGACUUUAAAAGGUUCCGAACACCAGGUCCUGGCACCUACACCUUGCCCAGGGUUCUGGGACGACACACAGCAUACACUCAUGCUGAACCAUGCUGCAUCAUGAUGGGGAAGAGUAAAUACCAGAGCUGUUUUCAAGACGUGGCAAAGACACCAGGUCCUGCAGCAUUUGAUAGGGUGGAUCUGGACGUCUACAAAACCAGGGCUCCCAAGUACUCAAUGGGACUAAAAACCAAAUUUGCUGGG